AUGUCACAGCCGAAAAAGACUCGAAAGACACGCUCGAGAUCGUCGCGCGGGAAAACAACUCGCGACGAAUCUCGCUUUGGCAUUCGUUAUUUACAUCAUCAUAUGUUCGCGGGAGACACGCCUGGUGAUCAACAACUCUGCCCGUAUGAGUGCAAAUGCGGCGCGUCGAUGUCUUCAAUUUACAGCAGAAAGACGCUGACUCUGCUCGUAAUUUCAAUUCUUGUUCUUCUGAUCGGCGUUACAUUUAUGCUGGUCGGCUACCUGAUUCCUCGAAGAUCAGUUGUUUACUUGGAGAAAAGCGAUGGUACUCGAACGAUAGUGGAUAAAACUGCCAUUUCGUUCAACACACUGUUGGACGAUUUCACUCUGGUUGGAACAGCACUGGUACCGCUAGGAGCUUUAUUAUUCUGUGUCAUACUAAUCGUACCACUCUGUAGUUCGUCUUCGGUUCAGAAGAAAGGGCAAUAUUUCAAAGCACCAACUGAGGACGCGGCUUCCUCGGUGACGAAGACCAAAACUCCGGAAACUGCGUCAGUCGCUUCAGAGGACGGUCGCUCACUGAGCAGCGCUUCAUCUCAAUCAACGAUUCAAAAAAUUCCUGUUCUAGCUCUCGUCCACAACGUUCAACCGGAGCAAAAAUCUAAUAGUACUGGGUCUUCUGUGGGUAAAGGCAGAGAUUACAGAAAGAAAACUGGCAAGUUUAAGGAUUCAUUUGACGAGGAAGAGGAGGAGGAAUAA